AUGUCUUUACCCGCCUUUACGGGCAUCUUUCCCAGUGACGAGAAUGCGCUUUCAAAAGAUCCGUUCUUAUACACUGAUGAUGGACUAAAUGAUAGUUUGGAUGGAAGUUCAACAGAACUGACUGAUGUCUUUGAAGAGGAAGGGUGUGAGGCUGAAGUGUGGACUCCACCAUCAAGCGAGCUGAGGCAAAAAAUAGCCACCCAGCUUGAACACUACCUUUCUGAUGAAAAUCUGGAGGCUGACGCUUUCCUGUUAAAACACAUUCAGAGGAACAAGAUGGGUUAUGUCAGCCUCAAAUUGUUGACAUCAUUCAAAAAGAUCAGGGAUCUGACGCGUGAUUGGCGUACCACACUGGCUGCUGCACGGAUUUCUCAGCAGCUGGAGGUGAACGAGGCAGGCACCAAGGUACGACGCCGAUGUCCUGUUCCUGACUGGCUGCUGUGUGUUCCCACCACUAAGCUGCUGCUGGCUUGGAACUUCCUGGGGAAUACCACCGAGGGAACAGAGAGUGGGGGAUCUGGAGCGGAGCAGCAGGACUUCAUGGAGGCUGCAAUGUGUGUGUUUGGUCUGUAUGGUACGAUCACAUCCCUCCGUAUCCUCCGGCCAGGGAAGGAGGUCCCUGCUGAGCUCAGGCGCUAUGCCAAGAAGCAUGCAGAGCUGGGGCGCAAGUUAUGUGCAGUGGUGGAGUUUGAGUACCUGGACGGUGCCCGCAAGGCCUAUGAAGCCCUCGGAGUGGCGGAGCAGCAGCAGGGGGGUAAGGGUAUCCGCGUGGCGCUCCUUGGCAGUCGAGGCACGCGCAAGUCAGUGUGCCACGGUGAGGAGUCGGAGGAGAGCAUCGAGAACGAUGGCUCCAAGAAGCCAAACCGGAAGGCCAAGAGGCACCUCUACUCUAUGGAGGACUCUGCCCUCUACAGCUCCUCUGAGUCAGACUUCACCCCAGCCUCACCGCGUCCUAACCGCAGGGUGUCCCGUCCGCAGGCCCUGUACGGCAGCCCCCUGGCCAUCCCACGGGCGUCUGCUUUCUGCUCUGACCCCUACAGGAACCCCUUGGGCAGCCCUGUCGGAAGCCCCCUCCUGCCGCGUAAGCUGUUUCCCGGAGGCCAUGCCAUCUCCCCUCUGGCAACGCCUCCAUUUAGCAGCACGCCAACCUCAGUUGGCAGUGCCACUUACAGCAGAAACAAGUGCUCUGCGGAUUACACCCAGGACAGCACAGGGAAUGUGGGGAGCCCGUGGGUCCAGCGCCGCAAAAAUGCUGCCCAGGCCUUGCAUCCAGAGAAAAGCUGCCCUUUGUCACCUAGUCACGUAAAAAGGUCACUGGGUGUGCUAGUUAUGCGCCAGCCACAGGGACCUGACGGCACCAAAGGAUUCCACAACUCCAUUGGGAGAGGAAAGGUGCUAUUGCCAUAGUGAUGCACUGGUGAUUCUCUGCAGGUGACUUGUGGGUCUAUGAUCAGCAGUGCAAAGCACUUUUUACCACAGUUUAAUUAGACACCAGCAUACACU